CAAACGUGACUGCUAGUCCAGCAUUACAAAUUGCAAACUUUGGUGAUUCUUUAGUAAGAAUUAAAUGCAAUGUGUCGGCAUCCCCAGAAGCAGUAGCUGUUGAUUGGAGAAAAGUAUCACUGGACGGCAAAACGACUACAGUGAUAGCAAACACAAAUGAUAAAUAUUACACUAUCAAUUCAACGAAUUUGACAGAACUGAAUAUUACGAAUAUCGACUUCAACGACAAUGCAAACUAUGUAUGCGUUGCCAAAAAUGCUGUUGGAACUGGAUUUAGCAAUGAUGCUAGAGUUGAUGUGAACGGCAAUUUACCAAAUGUAACUGCAACUCCGUCAUUUCAAAUAGCAUACUUUGGCGAUUCUUUAGUAACAAUCAUAUGCAGUGUGUCGGCAUUCCCCGCUGCAGAUGCUGUUGGUUGGAGAAAAGUAUCACUGGACGGUCAAACAACUACAGCAAUAAAUGCAUCAAACAGAAGUGAUAAAUAUUAUAUUGUCAAUUCAACGGCCUCGACAGAACUGAAUAUUACGAAUAUCGACUUCAACGACACUGCAAACUAUGUAUGCUUUUCCACAAAUGCUAUUGGAACCGGAUUUAGCAAUGUUGCUGGAGUUGAUGUGAAAGGCCGCACACCACAAGUUUCAAUUGCACAAAGUACCUACAAUGUUAUAUAUGGAGAGGACAUCACAAUUCCAUGUACAGUUGUUAAUAGCAAGCCAAGUCCUUUCAGAGUGACAUGGUAUUAUACCCACAUGAGCACCAAUGUUUCUAUUGUAAACAUUAGUGACCCUACCAAGUAUAGCGGUGGUACUCUGAAGAUUCCAGCUUUGACCAUUCUAAAUGCCAACAACCAAGAUGCCGGAGUGUAUAAAUGUGAAGCUGAGAAUCAAGUUAACAGUGCACAAAGCAAUGAUACGCAAUUGUAUGUUAUAGAAGGUAGUCUUUUAAUAGUAGUAUCACCAAUACUUUAUGCAGCUUUAGCAGGAGAUUCGUUGGCUAUUAUACAAUGUAAUAUAAACGGCACUUUACCAGCAACAUCAUGGGAUUGGAUAAAAACACCCAUUGAUGGAGGCAACGCUGAAGUAAUAGCGAGAGGUACAAACAAUGCAGAGAGACAAGUUGUCAAUUCUGCUUCAAAUCCUAGCUUAAAAAUAUUUAGCAUUACAGAAGAUGACGAGGGUAAUUAUCAAUGCCGAGCAUCAAAUGGGAAGUGGCAAGCCAUAAGUGGACCUGCGAUACUAAAAGUUCUAAAAGCAUCUAUAAGGGUACCACCUGGUGAUCCUCAAAUUGUUGGACCAGAAGAUAUUCAGGUUGGAAUGAAUGUUACUCUGUCAUGCAGUUCUGACGGAGGAAAUCCACCACCGUCAGUCGUAUGGAUGAGAGAUGAUAUGGUCAUUUCUUCCGGCACUAAUUCUUCAAUUUCUGGUAAUGUAACAACAACGACAUUGACCUUUACCGCAACUGAAGAUGACAAUCGUCAUGUAUAUGAAUGUCAGGUAGAUAAUGGUUUCCUCCAAAGACCACUUGUGAAAACGACAUAUGUUGCACUAAAAAAUUUACACAGGGUUCGAAGAGCAUCCAAUGACUCUAACACACCUCCAGGACAACCACGAAUAAGCGCAUUGAAUAGGUAUAACUUAGGGGAUACUGUAACUUUAGCAUGCAGUUCUAUUGGUGGAAAUCCUUUGCCUUCCGUGUAUUGGGUUAAAGAUGACAAUGAAAUUACAAUUGGUACAAGUACAUAUAGAGAUGCUGGUGUGACAACAACCCUCACGUUUACAGCGAGUUUAGAAGACCAUCUUGAAGUUCUUGAAUGUCGAGCGGAUAAUGGCGAAUUGUCGACCCAACUUGUUUCUACGACUUACAUUGAAUUGUAUUUCGCACCCCGGGCUCCGAUAGUUAACGGACCUGCAACGUUGAUUGCUGGAUCGUCUGGAAAAUGGACAUGUUCGUCUGGUAAUGGAUAUCCCGCACCAACCAUAUCUAUGAGAAUCCAAGAUCGACAAUACACAAACGAUCUUACUGUUGUACAGUCAUAUGAUAUCAUUGACAGAAGUUAUACAGUAGCUGGUACAUUGAAUUUGGUUCCAUCGUCUGAUAAAAGUGGACAAAAUCUUUGUUGUGAUGUUUCUCAUCUGUUUGAUAUUAAUACGCCUCAGUCAGUUUGCAUGCAGUUGGCAAUAGAAGAUAAAGAACAAGUACACAUUAUUAUCUACAUCAUGAUUGGAAUUGGGACAGUGUUUCUUCUCAUCAUAUUGAUAUUUUGUUACAGAAAAGCCUAUGCAAUUGGUCGGGGAAAAAAGAGAGAAGAUGCAAGUAAAUACGCACCAGAAGCACAGAGUUCCAACCAGUAUGAUUAUGAAGAUAAUACUAGAUAUCCUGAUCGCGACAGGAAUUUUGACGGGUUGGGUCCAAAUAUACAAGAGAUGCAUGUAUAUAACACAGCAGAAGAUAUUGAAGAAAACAGCCAUUAUAUGAAUAUACCUGCAGAUGACUACACUUACUUAGAACCAAUAAGUAGAACAGAUUUAUCGUCCUGAGCACAGAUGUCAUGAGUUCAAAACUGAAAAAAAUCAUGGGUUGUCUAAAACUUUUAUAGAUGUUUAGCUAUUAUUGCGUAAUAUUGCGUUUCACUCUUGUUAUGUCAAUCAGAAAUAAUUACUUUUAUCGAAGUAACUGUAUAUUCCAGAUAAUGUAGAAGACACAUAUCUGUUUACAUAAAUAAUUAAAGAUGGCGGAUAUCGAAUGUCCAUUCUCCAUCAUACAGCAUCAUCAAUUUUCGUUGAUGCUUGCAAUAGAAUAACAAUCAAAAACAUGCAACAACUACCUGGAAACAACAUUUACAUCCUUUAGAUUGCACACAUGUUCGAUGAAUAUAUAAAAUCGAAAAAAUCUAAUUGAUUACAAAUAGUAUCGAUCCUCUUUCUGUCUGAAUAAUUAAUUAGGGAGAAUCCAAAUAAAACUGACCAAUCAAAACACUUUAUCUUGUCUUAACAUAAGAGGCUCUCAAGAGGCUCUCAAAAGGGUAUCGUAAAAAGUGGAAAUUAUAUGUUAAUCUAAUUUAUAAAAAGUAAUCAAUCGUCAACAUGAAAAUAGUUAUUAAAAUAACUUGCCUUUUUAGCUCACCUGGCCCAAAGGGCCAAGUGAGCUUUUCUCAUCAUUUGGCGUCCGUCGUCCUUCGUCCGUCGUCGUCCAUCGUCGUCGUUAACUUUUUACAUUUUGAACUUCUUCUAGAGAACCACUGAAUGGAAUGAAACCAAACAUGGCAUGAAUGUUCCUUAUGAAGUGCUGACGAAGUGUUGUUACUUUGUAGCUGAUCCAUCAUCCAAGAUGGCCGCCAACAGGGGACUUAGUUUAACAUAGGACCCUAUGGGAAAUACAUACAAAUGUCAUCUUUUAGAGACCAAGUGAAUGGAAUGAAACCAAACAUGGCAUGAAUGUUCCUUAUGAGGUGCUGACCAAGUGUUGUUACUUUGCAGCCGAUCCAUCAUCCAAAAUGGCCGCCAGCGGAGGACUAAGUUUAACAUAGGACCCUAUGGGGAAAUACAUACAAAUGUCUUCUUUUAGAGAACCACUAAAUGGAAUGAAACAAAACAUGGCAUGAAUGUUUCUUAUGAAGUGAUGACCAAGUGUUGUUACUUUGCAGUCGGUCCAUCAUCCAAGAUGGCCGCCAGUGGGUGACUUAGUUUAACAUAGGACCCUAUGGGGAAAUACAUACAAAUGUCUUCUUUUGGAGAACCACUGAAUAGAAUGAAACCAAACAUAACAUGAAUGUUCCUUAUGAGGUGUUGACCAAAUGUUGUUACUUUGCAGUUGGUCCAUCAUCAAAGAUGGCCGACAGCGGGGGACUUAGUUUAACAUAGGAUCCUUUUGAAAAUAAAUACAAAUGUCUUCUUUUAGAGAACCGCUGAAUGGAAUGGAACUAAACAUGGCAUGAAUGUUCCUUAUGAGGUGUUGACCAAGUGUUGUUACUUUGCAGUCAAUCGAUCAUCCAAGAUGACCGCCAGCGGGGGACUUAGUUUAACAUAGGACCUUAUGGGAAAUACAUACAAAUGUCUUCUUUUAGAGAACCACUGAAUGGAAUAUAGAACCAAACAUGGCAGGCAUGUUCCUUAUGAGGUGCUGACCAAGUGUUGCUACUUUGUUGCCAAUUUACUGUUCAAGAUGGCCACCAGGAUAUUUUAUUAAUUAACGGGACCAAUAUUAAACAAAAUUUGGCCUCAAUCAUUAUUUGGGUAUCUGUUAUGAUUUUUAUCUAUCUUUACAUGAUUUCUAAAACCAAAAUAGAGUCAAGUGAGCGACACAGGCUCUUGAGAGCCUCUAGCUUUUUUCACCAUUAUACAUUAUUGUUCUUGAACUAAAUAUUUAUUUGUGAUGUAUUUCUGUGUUUUGCUUGAAACAGUGACAGAAUGCUUUGUUCUAGUAAAAAGGGAAUAAAACGUUUCAA